CGAUAACAGCAGGUCGACAUCAAGCUUUCGGAAGCGCUAAGGGCCGUUGCGUCGGGCGCGGAAGCCUUGGAAGCCGACGUCCCCGCAUGCAUGUGAUGGGCGCGCAGCUCAAAUCACUCACGGCCCGGCGGGCGAUGGCUGCUCCACCACCACCGUGACUCUCCACCACGAUGCCUGGCUCCUCGCGCCUGCCCGUCAGUCUGCGCGACACGUUCAAUGCGCACCGCGGGUCGCCCAACGGCCGCCUCGCGGUGCUGAACCUCGAAGUAUGCUUGCUUGUGGAGGGCUCCGCUGACGCGCAUGAUAGGCUGCGCAACGUCGUGUUCAUCCUGUUCCUGCUCCGCUGGACGCGGGUGCUGUUCUACCAGCUCAAGGGCCGCGGCGUGUUCGGGUCGCUGUCCGACGUCUAUGUCGCCGUGCGCCGCUAUCUGUACGGCGUGUUUCUGAGACUGCCUGGUGUGCGCACAAAGGUCCAGACGCAGGUGUCCGAGUCGCUGCUCAAGCUCGAGCGAAAGCUGGUGCCCAGCGGCCCGGGUGUGGAGCGCCUCACCGCGCUGCCGAGCCAGGGCUGGGGCGUGGAGGAGGUGCGCAAGAAGCUGGGCGAGCUGGCGGAUAUGGAGCACACGCGCUGGGAGGACGGGCGGGUCAGCGGCGCGGUGUAUCACGGCGGGGAUGAGCUGAUGCGCCUGCAGACGGAGGCGUUUGGCAAGUUCACCGUCGCGAAUCCGAUCCAUCCGGAUGUGUUCCCGGGUGUGCGCAAGAUGGAGGCCGAGGUCGUCGCCAUGGUGCUCUCGCUGUUCAGCGCCCCCGAUGGCGCCGUGGGCGUCACCACCAGCGGCGGCACCGAGUCGAUCCUCAUGGCCUGCCUGUCUGCGCGCAACAAGGCCCACGCCGAGCGCGGGGUGACGCAGCCCGAGAUGAUCCUGCCCGAGACGGCGCACACGGCCUUCCGCAAGGCCGGCGAGUACUUCAAGAUCAAGAUCCACCUGGUCGCCUGCAAAGCGCCGAGCUACAAAGUGCACCUGCCCUCUGUCUCGCGCCUGGUCAACCCCAACACGGUCCUGCUCGUCGGCAGCGCGCCCAACUUCCCCCACGGCAUCAUCGACGACAUCGCCGGCCUCAGCAAGCUCGCCCACAAGAAGAAACUCCCGCUCCACGUCGACUGCUGCCUGGGCUCCUUCAUCAUCCCGCUGCUGCCCAAGGCCGGCUUCGACUCGGAGCCCUUCGACUUCCGCCUCAAGGGCGUCACCUCCAUCUCCUGCGACACCCACAAGUACGGCUUCGCGCCCAAGGGCAACAGCACGGUGCUGUACCGCAGCGACGCCUUCCGCAGGCACCAGUACUUCAUCUCGCCCGACUGGAGCGGCGGCGUGUACGCAUCCCCCUCGAUCGCGGGAUCGCGCCCCGGCGCCCUGAUCGCAGGGUGCUGGGCCAGUCUGGUGAGCCAGGGCGAGAGCGGAUAUAUCGAUGCGUGCCACAAGAUCGUCGGCGGGAUGAAGACGAUCGAGACGGCGCUGCGGGAGCACCCAUCCCUCAACGCCGACCUGAAAGUCAUCGGCCGCCCGCUCGUCAGCGUCGUCGCGUUCCUCUCCGACACGCUGGAUAUCUACGACGUCGCCGACGCCAUGGGCGCGAAGGGGUGGCAUCUCAACGCCCUCCAGAACCCGCCGGCCAUGCACAUCGCCGUCACGCUGCCGAUUGUCGCCGUCGUGGAUAAGCUGGUCGCCGAUCUGGUCGAGGUGGUCGAGGAUGUCAAGGAGCAGGAGCGGAGGAGGGUGGCGGAGGGUAAAGGGGCCAAGGGCGCGGUCAAGGGCGAUUCGGCCGCGUUGUAUGGGGUUGCGGGCAGCUUGCCGAAUAAGAGCGUUGUGGUGGAUUUGGCAAAGGGGUUUCUGGAUACGCUGUACAAGGUGUAG